AGCCAAUCCCCCUCGCUACUCGGCUGCGCUGUGACACGGCCUCGCUGAUUGGCUAGAUGGCAUUAUGGAUUCCGCGCUGUCAUUGGCUGGCUGUCUGACGGCCGGAAGUUGCGAGUGACGUCCAUAUCGGCGGCCAUUGCAGUCACCCGGCUAUCUGGAGGUCGGUGGGUAAGGCAAGGUGAGAGGGGGAAUUCGGUGUCAAACUGCUAAACGGAUAGUGGAAUAUCAAUGUCUAUAGCAAGCUCGGUGUAUGGGAGGCUCCACAAUUACAUAUUACUCGAGUUCCCUCUAAUUUGUUAUUUUUGUUUUGUUUUCUUGGCUGACCCUGUGUGAUGUGUGCUAUCAGCUCUGUCUGAUGGGAAUCUGUCACAGGACCAGCAUAGGAUCACAUUCACUAUAUGUUAUCAGUAAACUGUAACUAGCAAGGUUUGUAAAAAAAAAAAAAUUAAAAUAAAUACACCCCUGAUGGUUAUUUAAUAAAGGGUGAAUUUUAGGCUAAAAAUAGUCAAACUGUGAAAAUUAACUAUUCUCUUAAUUUUUUAUUUUUUUUUACCUAAAAUUAUAAUUAUUUUUACAUUCCUGAUGGUUCAUAUGUUGGUGGUUAACACAGUGUAAGCUAGCAAUUUUUACAUUUAAAAAAAAAAAAAUUGAAAAAUUAUCUAUUUUCUGUGGGUAUGCCUAUAUGCAGUGGAGCAUUAUCAAUAAAAAAAAUGAUUUAGUAAUAUCUAACAUGCCUUAUUAUAAUACUUUCAAUAUAAUACUAACAGAAUUUGCUGGUUUUGGGUUGUCUUUUAAUUGUGUCUUCUAAGCCCCAUGAGCACUUCAUGAUUUGAAGUUGUCAUGGUGCCUGGAGUCUCUAUGUACAGAGUUUGGCAAUGAACCCUGUGCUGCCUGAGCUGUAACUUCCACUCUGACCUCUUCACCACUGUGGGUUGUCAUUUACUCUAAAUUCUGUGCAUAUUCCACUUCUGUCAUCAGCACACAAAACUGCAUAUUGGCAACAGUUGUCCAAUAUAGGCAUAUCACACCCCUCCCCAACCGUCAUUUCUGCCACUCAUUUAUUCCCCCUACAUCUUCUCCUCUGGCUGCUAGAGAUGUUGGCAGAGACCAGGCUGCAGGAAGAACUUUGCAUAGGAGUAUGUAUUUUUCAUGUUUUUUAUUUGAUUAAGGUGGGAGAGAGGGGACCAGCAGAUCAUGGAUUACUGUAUCUAGAACCAGGGUUUUCUUAAAGUGAGAAUCGUCUAAAUGACCACAACAUGUGAUACUCAAGAAAAAAAAUAUAUAAUUCCAUGAUAAUUUUUUCAUGUUGUGUUUUACACCACUAGCGAUACAUGAUAUAAUUAUUCCGUCAUUGCUAUGCGAGCAAGGGCAAAACCCUGCUUACACCAGUGAGUCCCAAGUAUCAAUUGACAACUGGGUCUCCCCUUUGCCAUAUGCUGCCAUUCUUAGUGGCCCCCAGUCAGAGUGGAAUGCAGCUCCAUAAAAAUGCAUUUUAAAUGCCUAUAACAAAAGCAGGAUUCACUGCAGGGAGAUCUUGGUAUCAGUUCGUACCUGGGGAUCCCUCUGUCAGAUCGGGCUAUCUUUAGUGGCCACAGACUGACAGGUGAGCCCAGCACUUUCAUUGUGGAUUUAAAUCCCCAUAGAGAGCAAUAUAUUGUGUGCAGGAUUAAAUCAAUCAAUAUCUGGGGCCAUUUUUUAUGGCACCAGACUUUUUGAUGAACUGCAUUCAGCACUGAUUUUCAGUGCUCUAUACAGCAGAUUAAUGGGACACUAUUGUCACCAGAGCCACUACAGCUUAAUGUAGUAGUUCUGGUGUCUGUAGCAUGUCCCUGCAGUCUGAGUACUGGAAUUUUCAUAGAAAAGGCAGUGUUUUCAUUUCUCCCUAGGAACACCACUAGUGGCAGUCACUCAGACAACCACUAGAGGUGUUUUUUAUCUCCGUGCUGCAGAGUGUGCAGCAUGGUCAUUCAGUGUCUAUAAUCACGAUGAACCCCACCGCAGGUGUCUAGGGGUUACAAAAAACCCUGAAACAAAUAACCCACAUACCCCCUCACCCUAAUAAUGUGGGGUGGGGGGAAUAAUACCUGUGUACAAAAAAAGAAAUUAUACUUACUAGGAUGUCUUCUUUAUUCUUAAAUCUUUUUUUUUUUUUUUUAGCCCCCCAAAAAAGCCAAAUGAAAAUCCCUGAAGUACUGUCGCUAUUGUUAAAAUUAAAAAUGAAAAACAUAAUCAUCCCCCACCACCACCCAAAAAAAAAUGAUGGAAAAUAAAUGUGAUGCAAUAAAAUUAUCCAUCUUCGCCCUUGAAGGGCUUGGCUCAGACUGAGGUUGUAGGGCGGGAAAAGAUCUUACAGGGGCUUUUUCACUCUGAUUAAUUUCAGUUAGAGCACUCUGAUUAGUUGGCUUGUAAGCCAACCAAUCAGAGCAUUCUGAGAAAGAUAUCUCAUUUAUUUUGUGUAAAUUUGCUGCCAGUCGGCAAAUAGUUUUACUUUUUAAUCAGAUCUUACAGCACAAUUUGUUAACUUUAGAAGUUCCUAUCUACUGCUUUUUUUACUUUAACUUUAAACACACACAGAAGGCUCUAGCAGACUAUUAACAGUGCAGAAGUUAAAUACCUCUACAUUAAACACACUGUGCAAUAAAUAAGGAGGCUGUGUGAGUUUAAGCCAAGGGAGAGGUGACUAGGGCUGCUGGAGCAAAGUGAUUUAUCUCCUAAAUGUCAGAGAAUUGAAAAGUUAGACUGCCGGGGCAUGAUCUUUACACUAAAACCUCAUUGUUAAAGGACCACUAUAUGCACCCAGACCACUUCAGCUUAAUGAAGUGGUCUGGGUGCCGUGUCUAUCUAGGAUUAACCCUGCCUGCUGUAAACAUAGCCGUUUCAGAGAAACGGCUAUGUUUACAUAUGGGUUAAUCCAGCCUCUAGUGGCUCUCUCAUUGACAGCCGCUAGAGGCGUUUCCGCGCUUCUCACUGUGUUUUUCACGGUGAGACGACGCCAGGGUCCAUAGGAAAGCAUUGAGAAUGCUUUCCUAUGGACUUACUGAAUGCACGCGUGGCUCUUGCCGUGCAUGCGCAUUCAGCCGAUGACGACUGAAGGAGGAGGAGAGUCCCCAGCGCCGAGGGAGCCCGGUGCUGGAGAUAAGUUUAACCCGUUCCUCCCCCUUCAGCCCGGCGGGAGGGGGACCAUGAGGGUGAGGGCACCCCAAGGGCACUAUAGUGCCAGGAAAACGAGUUUGUUUUCCUGACACUAUAGUGGUCCUUUAAGCUAAAGAUGUUUUGUUGCUUAGAUUGUCCCUCUAAAGUAAGAGAGAGGAAACCAGCUCAAGUGCUUUUAGAGGCUUGGCAUGUUCCUUUAAGCACAUUUAUCUGGAGCUAACAGUGGUCUAUUGAUUCUCUAGCGAUGCUGUUGAGAAAAAAUGUGCCAACUCCUCAUUCUCUCUGUUUAUUAUUUGCUAUAUUGUGAUCUUGUUUUGUGGCAGUGGUAUAAUGAGGAUACUUUUUAGUGUCAUGACUUUUGCUAACCUUUGUAAUUAGCCAUUUUGAUGCCCUUGUACUGUUUACUCAGUGCUCUUUCCACAGUAUUUGUAUUUAUUUAUUUUAUUUUUCAGAACGUAACCAUGGCUGGACGUAGAUUUGCUGUUAAAGCUGUAGACUGGAUGGCAUUUGCAGAGAGGGUACCCCCAAAUCAAAAGGCAAUGUUCAAUGCCCUCAAGACCCGCAGUGAUGCUAUAGCUGCCAAGUGAGUUUGGGCUGUGGUGGGUUGUGUGAUCCUUACAUGCUGGGGUUUCUGAAUGUUAGGUGACAUGCAAUUAAAGUGGACCUAUCGUAAAAUAAUUGCUUGAUUGGAAUCAGCAUCUUCUUAUAAAAUAUAUAUUUAGAUGUUUGCUGUUUUAAUUAUAUAAAACACAAUGUUUUUUAUUUUUUAAGAAUCUCACUUAAAUAUGUGGUAGUGACUCUACAAAAUGUAGCAAAAAGGAGAAACUUAUAUAAAUGGACAAUCUGUAGCAAGAAAGACUCAAUCAUAUUAAUUCUGUCACUUUGUUCCUGCAGGCUAACAUCCCUUCCAGAGAAGCCUCCAACCAUUGACUGGGCACACUAUCGUGCUGCAAUUGCCAAGGCAGGCAUGGUGGACGAAUUUGAGAAAAAGGUAUGUGUAAAGUCAAAAUCGUGACCUGGAGUUAUGAUUGUAUAUCACGAAAAAAGUUUUUUUUGUUUUUUUUGUUUUUUUUUUUCCUCAAGGUAGGGAAGAAUACGUUUUGAUAUCAUAACCUUUUCAAAGCUUUGGCUGUACUUACUAAAAUGUUUGAGUAUGCGCAACCCAAGUCAUGGUAAUUCUCCAUGAAUAACUGAAAGUUAACACCGUGGGUAUUCUCGAAAACUCCACAAGCCUAACUAGACUGAUAAACAUGACGUGGUAUGUGAUUGGUUGGAAUCCAGUCAAUCCCGGGGCAAUGUACAUAGGAAUCUCCUACAAGUACUAUGCACAAGUGGAACUCUUUGCCAACCUGGAAGAAUACUCCUGUGUUUCCAUUAAUUAAGCUGAUGAGUCAAGCAACUAAUUUUUUUAUUUUUGGAUUUAUAUAGAACAUAAACUGGUUAAUGAACACCUGUUUCUAAAAUGUUAAAACUGCAUUUACCCAUGAUUGACCAAAUGUACAAACAAGUUAACUGAGUUUUUCCUACCAGAGGCCACACUUUUUGUUGCAUCUUUUUCUUACUACCCUAUUUCGAUUGAGUCAUUUUCCCUAUUCACUUUUUCUUUCUAAUCUGGUGUCAAGCUUGGCUUGGUUAUAUUGAUUGGAGUUAAUAAUUUUCGAUGCUCCCUUGAUAUAUCCUCUUUGCCAAGAGACGACUGGUCAGAAAUUGGAAUACUGAAAUACUGUUGGAAUACAAUUUGUAAAGCAACACCAAAAAAUGCUGCCUCCUCAGGACUCUGACUCAGUAACUACCAUACCAUAACGGUUGGUUGAAAUUGACAUUGUUAACCCCUUACGGACUGAGCCAAAUGUACACAUUGUGAACGAAACAAAAUGUAAACAAAACCUGGCAUUUCCGCUACAUGUCUGUCCAACUGUAAUUCACCUCUUUCAUAUUAAAUACACCCACCCUUAUUAUAUAUCAUUUUAUUCAGGGGAAACAGGGCUUUCAUUUAAUAUCAAAUAUUUAGCUAUGAAACAUAAUUUAAUAUGAAACAAAUGGGAGAAAAUACGAUUUUUUUUUGUAUUUUUUUUUUAGUUCUACAUGACAUUUUAACUGUCAUAAUACUGUUUGCUUCUACUGCAAUAAAAUACACAUAUUUGUAUUCAGCAAAGUCUCACGUGUAAAACAGUACCCCCUAUGUACAGGUUUUAUGGCGUUUUGGGAAGUUACAGGGUCAAAUAUAGCACGUUACAUUUGAAGUUGAAAUUCGCCAGAUUGGUUACGUUGCAUUUGAGACUUUAUAGUAGCCCAGGAAUGAAAUUUACACCCAUAAUGACAUAUCAUUUGCAAUAGUAGAUAACACAUGGUAUUGCAAAUGGGGUAUGUCCAGUCUUUUUUAGUAGCCAUUUGGUCACAAACACUUGCCAAAGUUAGCGUUCGUAUUUGUGUGUGAAAAAUGCAAAAAAACGCCAAUUUUGGCCAGUGUUUGUGACUAAGUGGCUACUAAAAAAGACUGCACAUACCCCGUUUGCAAUACCUUGGGUUGUCUUCUUUUGCAAAUGGUAUGCCAUCAUAGGGGUAGUUUUCAUUCUUGGGCUACCAUAGGUUUUCAAAGGCAACCUAACCAAUCUGGCAAAUGUUAAUGUGAAAAAAAUAAAACAUAAGUCUUAUAUUUGACGCUGUAACUUUUGAAAACACCAUAAAACCUGUACAUGACGGGUACUGUUCUACUCGGGAGACUUAGCUGAACACAAAUAUUUGUGUUUCAAAACAGUAAAAAGUAUCGCAGCAAUAAUAUCGUCCGUGUAAGUGCUGUUUGUGCGUGAAAAAUGCAAAAACUUCACUUUUACUGGCGUUAUCAUCGUUGUAAUACAUUUUACUGUUUUGAAACACUAAUAAUUGUGUUCAGCGAAGUCUCCCGAGUAGAACAGUACCCCCCAUGUACAGGUUUUAUGGUGUCUUGGAAAGUUAUAGGGUUAAAUAUAGUGCUAGCAAAUUAAAUUCCCUUUACUUUCGGCAUGGGUUGUCAGGCAGGUCCCGCUAAUUGUAAUUAAUUAAGAUACCUAAUUAUGUAAAAAUACUACACAAGUAUAUAUGUAGAAUUAAUAUAUGUAUGUUUGUGUGUGUAUACAAUAGUUAGAACGAAAUAACACACAUCUAUAUAUUUAAUUAUUUUUUUAAAUUAUUUAAUUUUAUUUUUUAACGUAUUUACAUAUUUUUUUUAUAUUAUAUAUAAAUAUAUAUAACAAUAAUUAUAUAUAUUUAAUCAAUAUCAGUCUACGUGUAAUUUGAUAUUAAAAUAUAUAUAAAUAGUAAAAUACACCUAGACAGUGUGUGUGUGUGUGUGUGUGUGUAUGUGUGUGUAUGUGUGUGUAUGUGUGUGUAUGUGUGUGUAUAUAUAUAUAUAUAUAUAUAUAUAUAUAUAUAUAUAUAUAUAUAUAUAUAUAUAUAUAUAUAUAUAUAUAUAUGCACUUUUUAACUUUUUUUAAUUUUGUUUAAUUUUAUUUCCAGCCAGCAGGGAGUCCACCUGUCAUUACAGGCAGCCCCCCUGCUGGCAAUACAGCAGGCAGCUAUCCUGGCCAUGUGAUUGUGAGGUCCUUGCAAGGACCUCACUCUCACAUGGCCGGGGGGGCUGCCAGUAGGUUGGACGUGCCGCGGGGGGCUCCCUGGGAGUCCCCCCAACCGCGAUCGCCGGCGACCGGGUGAGUAAAGAAAGACCGGCGGGCGUACUAUUACGCCUGGCGGCGUUUAGAGCCGCCUAAAAUAGGGCGUAAUAGUAUGCCCUCCGGUCUUAAGGGGUUAAAGAGAUCCUAUAGUGCCAGGAAAACAAACCCGUUUUCCUGGCACUAUAGGCUUCUGGAAUGGCCCCCUUCUGCUGGGCUGAAGGUUAAAACCCUGAUUCCAGCGGGGGAAACCUACUGCGCAUACGCAGCAAUAGCCGCGCUCGCAUUAGCCCUCCCCAUAGGAAAGCAUUCCUAUGGGCAAUAUCUGGCGCUGGAGGUCCGUGGGGACGUCCAGCGUCAAAUAACGGACCAAAAGUCAGUUUGGAUUCCGGAAGCCCUCUAGUGGCUGUCUGUCUUUAACAUUGCAGCACUAAGUGCAAAAAGGUCACAGCACCCAGUCUACUUCAAUUAAUUGAAGUGGUCUUGGUGCCUACAGUGUCCCUUUAAUUCCACAUUAUAAAUGUGGCUGAAGAUGGUGUGGUCUCCCGGUGCCAUUUCUAAACAGUUUGACAUAAAACCGAGGAAUGGCACCCAAAUACUCUAGCUAACAUAUUCAGUACACUGAGCUGUAGUGGUUAUGUUGUAUAAGUGUCCAAUCAAACAUGCCGCCUCAUCAGUUCUACAUUUUCCCCACAAUCCAUUAUGAGACAAUUUUGUUAUUGGCUGACCUCAAAGUGAGCGCUGCUCAUAGCCCUUUAAAUACCAUGGCUGAGCAAUCCCUUGAAAGGUUGGAUUAGGGAAAAAGGUAUGCAUGUGGGGUAUCAUUGUACUUGAACAGUGGAAGAAUACAAAUAUGGCUGUUUUUAGUAGUGGGACGUGCAUGAUCUAUGAAUUUCCCCAAAAUAAAAUGUAUUCUGAUGACAACAAAAGCAAGUGUGAUCUGCUUUAAAGUCGAUAGAUGUAAAAUGAUGUCUGCCAAUUUCCACAUCCUGAUUUUGACCACACACUGUGAAGAACAUUGAGUUGCAUUGUGAGUUAUGUGAAUCCUACAUUAUCCUAGGUUUUGGAACUUGGCUUCUAAAGGGUGUUCUACGUUAAUGUGUUUUCUUGUCUUGCAGUUCGGUGCUCUUAGCAUCCCAGAGCCGAAGGAUACCCAGACGGAGAAGAUAAAUGCUCAGGAGCAGGAAUCUGUAAGCUCGUUGUACAUUUUGAUUUGCUGUGUUGUAGUGAAUUGCAUUUGUUGUAUGUUUUAAACACUCCUCUGCCCACAUUUUAUUUUUAUCACUGAUUGGUAGAUAUCCCCUCCAAUGAAAACAUUCAUGCAUUUAAUUCUGUAUUGUUCAUUGGUGGUAUAUCUUAAACUACAUGCAAAAGCUGUGGAUCUUUUGUCUGAAGUCAUAAAAAAGCCUUCCCCUUCUAACUCCGCCUAGACUUUCUGUGGCUGUCCAAUCACAGACUUCCUAAUGCUGCUCAUUGAGAAGUCUUUGCAAGCAAUUGGCUGCCUGUUUAGUUCCACUGAGCUAAAAACCAGGAUGUAACAGGACUGGUUGUCUUAUUGACAGCCAGAGUGGUAUCAAGGUUCAUUUAUAUAAGUGUCAAUUUCUGCAUUUUCAUGCACGUAUACUUUAGGGGUCUGGAGUGUCCCUUUAAGGUCAGCGAUAUUCUUCUGUCACUUUUCUUUUAAGUAAAACGUGUAAGUACUUUCAUGUUUCUAACUUGUUUUUUUUUUGUGUUGUUUUUUUAGGCAAAAAUUGCUGCAAACUACAUCCAGGAAUCAAAAGCUAGGGUUUCUCAAUAUGAGAAGGAGGUGAGAAAUUAAAAUAGCACUACAUUAUUCUUUACUGUCACGUAUUGCAAUUAUUCAUAUUGGGCAAGCAUUUUCCACAGCACUGUACAAUAGAUAAACAAGACAAUUUAUUCUGACAAAUGUGUUUGACGUACGGAAACAGGUGAAGAGGGCCCUUACCUAAAUGAGCUUACAAUCCAAAUAGAUGAGGGACAAAUAUGAAGUGAGAGAAUCAAAUGAUAUGUAUAUACCAGAAAGGAUGGGAGGGGUGCUUAGGAGACUGGAGCACAGUGAUGGGAGAUGGCAGAGGAAGGUCGUAAAGGAUAAGGAGUCUAGGGGUAAGCUUAUGGGCUUCUCUAAAGAAGUGUUUUUGAAGGGCUGCAGAGCCUGGGAGAGUCUAAUUUGGGAGUGAGGGCAUUCCAUUAGGAAGGGGAAGCCUUGAAAAAGUCCUGCAGGCAAGAAUCCGGGGUAGGCGAAUCAGGUCAUAGGUGGAGAUAUGAGGUUUGGCUGGAGCAUAACCCUAGAAAGAACAGGGCGCCACAAUCACUAUAUUGGUAUAUAAAAAAUAAGGGUAUGAAAAUAAAUAUUGAUGGUAAAGCAAAAACAGCAAAAGUUUAUUAAUGAAAAAUAUAAAAAAAACAGUCACAGCACAACAUAUGUGUAAGACAUCAAGAGUAUAAAAGCCACAAUGGGCAAGGAACCCUUAGGUAUAGCAGUUUAACAGGACAUGAUACUGAGCUGGGCAGUAAAGUGCAAGAUGCCUAUAAGAAAAGUGCACUAAGCCAAUCACUUAUACAAGUUUAGUACAAUCAGCCCAAAGUAAAUACUGCAUAAGCAGUAUAUAAAAUCAGCACACAUGCAAGAUAAAAACAGCUGAUACCAAAGUACAGGGUCCCAGAUCGUGCUCAACGCGUUUCGUCGUCUGACUUCCUCAGGAGCUUCUUCUCUCUUCAGUCUUCUCCCCUUUUAAAUCUGCCGAUCCAUCCGACAGCUUCCGUGAUCACGCAUGCGUGCGCCCAGUCACACACGCCAUUAUACGUCAUGACGCACGCGUGACCGCGACCACGCUGGAACGCAGGAUAACUUUAUUGAUCCUCUACACAGCCGCAAUAUGAACGCUCUACGAACCAGAGCAUUCAAAUCAAUGCAGACCGUGUGUACAAACCUGCCUACCCCCCAGCUAACCCCUAACAUUAAAAUACUACUCACUCAAGCGAAAUAUAAAUAGGACUGGUGGGGGAAAAAGGGAGUGAAAAGAAAGGAGAGUAAAAAUAGGAUCAAAUUAAAACAAAUAUAAGAACAAAUUUGUAAAAUUGAGUAUAGGAAAAAAAAUCAAUCAUAAAUAUACAUGGAUGCUAUAAAUGUUAAUGUAUGCAUGUAUGUAAAUGAAUAAAUGUGAAACCAGUAUGUUGAAUGAGCAUUGGUCAAUUUAUAUUUCCUUAAUAGGCAUCAUAAUUAAAAAUAUAAUACAUGUGUUCAUAAAUACAUAAUUGUAAUCAAACUGUGUACAUUGACCACUAAUACAUACAUACAUACAUACAUCUAUAUCUCUAUCGACAGUUGGAGCAUGCAUAUCAUGACCAUAGAUAUCAAUAAUAAAGGCAUACAAAUCUCAAAAAGUAGAUAGAGUGUGUGUGUAUAUAUUAAUGAAAAUCCUUACCUUAUUCCAGCACAGAUGUCUCUUGGCGCUCUGCCUCAUCUGCUGUCAUCUGACGUUGUGGGCUAAUAUGCAUGCUCUGUGAGCUUUGCGAGCACAUUAGGCCCUCCCCAUAGGAAAACAUUGCUUCAAUGCUUUCCUAUGGGGAUUUAACUGACUCUGGAUGUCCUCAUGUAUCAGGAUGUCCAGCGUCAGACGACAAAACCACUUUGCACUGGGCUAUAGUAUUGUCAUUCAGUGCAAGAUUUUUGGUGUGUGUGUAUAUGUGUAUACAUAUAUAAUGUUCAAGUAGAGAUUGUAGCCGUAUUAGUCCAGUGAUGUAGAUGUAAAAAACUGAAAAUUUGUAUCUUGUAAUACCUUUUUUAUUGGACUAACAGAAUUAUUUAAUGACAAGCUUUCGGCAGAACCUCCCUUUCUAAAGUCUAAAGCAUUUCUUUUUUAUAAAUUCUUUAUUUUGGAUUUUCAGUCAUAUGGGGGUUAGGGUACAGAAAAGAAAACUUGGGAUCAAACAUACUUUCAUAGAGACCGUGAGUUGCAUUGAUGCGUUACAAAACAGUCCUAAAGGAAAGGCAGUUAUAGAGUUUUAGUUCCGUGACUGGUGCUGUCCUUCGCUGUUGCUGUAAGACUUCGGUCUCGAGUCCGAGAGAGGGUUCCGAAGCUGGUUUGUAGAUAGGUAUAACAUUGUGUUGCAGUAUUUGAUAUUUCAACAGUUAUAAGUCUAAAGCAUUUCUAAGUAAGACGACACAUAGAAUUUAAAGUUGAGUUGUGAUACAGGGGUUAAAGCGACAUGAGUGGAGAUAAGACGCAGGUUUGAUAGAAAAUAGACCCCAUUCUUGAGGAGGGUCGUAAAUAUCUUGUGAGAUAUUUACGACUGCAGAAGUUGGUGCUAGAAGGAGAGAGUAAAAACAAUUACUUAUAUUAAGAAUGCAUGGAUUCCAAUCCAAGAGUUACAGGAUAUGCAUGAAGGCCUAUAUCCAUUAUACAUACACAAGUAGUGUAUAUGUACAAGUAUACAUACAAGUGUGCCUACACAUACAUAGGCCCAUAUAUAUGUAGAUGUACACAUACACCUAUUCACAUACACAUACAUGUAUUCAUCCUAUACAUACAUACACAAAUAUAAAUGCACAGUCACAUAUAUAAGCAUACAUGGGAAAGCAUAUGCACAGUACUUUGUAUAUUGAUAGAAUAAACAUAUAAUUGGAAUGUGUUUUAAAGUGUUGAUACAUAUGACAGAACAGUAUGAUAAUGUGGGGAAGCGUUCAGUUGUUGGUAGUGGGUCAGGAAACCCAAAUCAAUAUUUAGUCCUCUAUUCUUGCUGUUAAACAAUUUGAUCCUUCUGGCUUCAAAGGCUUUUCUUUCUUGGGUAUUUUUAAAACCCCCUUUCAGUACUUUGAUUUUUAGGUCCUUCAUUGAGUUGCCAGGCUGGGUAAAGUGGGGUCCCACAGUAUGAUUCUUCUUUGUGGUGUUUAAAGGAGUGUCUGUGCAUAUUCAUUCUGCAAUUUAAUUGCUGUGUGGUCUCCCCAAUGUAGCAUCCUUGGUGGCAUUUACUGCAUUAAAUCAUGUAUGCCACAUUGCUGGAUGUGCAGGAGUAUAAACCUUUAAUGCUGUAGGUUCUAUUGUUGUGUGUGGCUGUGUUGUCUGUGCAUAUGUGCUGGCACAGUUUGCAGCGAAGUUUUUUGCAUUGGCUGGUCCCUGGUUUUCUUUAUUCUCCCUAUCAGUGGGUAGGUUCCUGUUGAUUAAUUUUUGUUGGAGGUUUGGUGGUUGUCUGAAGGCCAAAAUGGCCUUGAGAAAGGGAGGUUCUCCCGAAAGCUUGUCAUUAAAAAAAAUUCUGUUCGUCCAAUAAAAAGUGUGUGUGUAAUAUUUUUUUUAUUUUUUAUUUAUGGUAAAAAAAAUUAAAAUAAAUAUUGAAACAUACACUGGAUUUGUAUUCUGGUUUUAUAUCAUUUCCAUUGUCUGAUGAUAUUUUUUCAUUUAAUCCUCAGUUAGAGAAAUUCCGAAACAUGAUCCCCUUUGACCAGAUGACCAUUGAAGACGUAAACGAAGCAUUCCCAGAAACCAAACUGGACAAAGAAAAACAUGCGUACUGGCCACACAGGCCAAUUAGUGAUUUGUAAAACAUUGAGAGUCCCCCCCUUAACGACUAAAUAAAAUCUAGUAUUUUCCUCUGUAUUCUUGUGGUAAGCCUGAAGUUCCUGUCAGUACAGUUUUCUUAUCUUCAUUACAAUAUAAACUUGUUUUGAGCUACUUCAAAGUCUGGACUUUAAGAGUGAAAUGUCUUUUAUUAAUUAUUAACAAAAAUGUAUAGAGCUGCCAGUGCACAAAAUAGGCUGGAACAUUCAAUGCUAUCACAAACUCUUUAUGAACCAAAUUAAAGAGGAUAUUUGGUUCAUUUGAUCCAAUGACCUGUGAUGCAAUCCUUAAAAUCCAGUAUCAAAUCAUGUAUUUCAGAUUAUUUAUACCCUGCUUUAACCAUUAACAUCCAGGUGGAUACUAGUACAUUAUUUAAAAAUGUCCCUUAAAUAGUUAUUCCAAUCAUCAUAACCACUGCAAUCGGGAGUGCCGAGGUCCCAGUUCCCAGAUAAUGCAACAAAUUAUUAACGUUUUGCCCUCUACCUGGGUCCUGCUAUGUUCUGCGACUUUUCUCCUCCUGUAGAAGACAAUGCAGUUGCCAUUUGUUGAAUAAGUAAUUCUUGCAUGGUUGAUUCGUUCAGGUGCAGAUUAAAAGACAUUUGAUUAAUUCGUAGCAGCUGAUACUCAUUUGUGCACAAGUAAAGACAAAAUGUUGCCUCACACCUAAAUUUACAAUAUGCAUUUAUUAAAUGCUAGAGAGAAAACAUUUUGGAAUUAUUUAGAGAAUAUAGUGACCCCUAUGGUUUGGGAACUGUUUCAGGAUGUACAGACCUGAAAAUUAAAUUUUAAUCCUGGUUCUAUACCUACAAACAUAUAAACUACUUUUUAAAAACUGGUGGAAAU